AUGGAAGAAGAUCUAUCAAAUCAGCGAGAGAAUGGGCACCCCCCCCCCACGAGGCGCAGCGCAACACCAGAAAGCACAGAUAGCUACGACGAAGAUGUAUACGACCCGGACCAACCGCUAGCAGAGCGUCGAAAAGUACAGAAGAGCUUCAGAGAACUUCUGCGCGAUGUGACAGAAAACUCAGAGGAGUACCUCCAGUCUGGCUCGCAGGGACUAUACGACACAAUAAUAAAAGCAAAUGAACUUACAAAACAAGUUCGCCAAACGACGGAAGCUACGAUAGAUUCACGACUGCUUGUCAGCACAACAGAUCUUUCGUACCGAAAGACGCUACGUCUCACACAGGGCAGCCUCUCCCAGGGGGUGGACGUGGACGAGCUCGUCUCCAAAUGCAUCACAUUCAUGCGUCAAGAACGUGGAACUUCGGAUGAAGGAGAAGAGGAAGGAGAAGAAGACAACGCGCCAACACAGCAAAGACGCAAGAGAGGAGAUUAUCCCAACGGAAUCGACGACCCCGAGGACAGAGACGGUGACAUGAUGAACUGGGGCCACCUAGGCAGAUUUGCGUGCCUCCCGCACUCAAGAAGACCAGCAUUGUCAGGGUUGCUUCUUGGUCCACUAUCGAUUGAAAGGAAAAUACGGAGAGCCACCAAACGCAGCGCUCCGUUCAGACCAAACAACCUCGCCGAAACGAGACCAGAAAUCCUCAACAUCGACGACCUGGCCAAGAAAGAAAACGACCUCACUGCCAUAUGUGGCAAAAUAUUCCAGCAACUUCAAAACAUACAAGAACAGGUACAAGAGGCGGUAGCAGAAGCCAUAGAGAACGAGAUGAGUGACGAAGAAAAGAUCGACAUCAUGCACAAACAUGGGCUCCGGCGGACCGGUGGUAUAGACCUGAUGAGGUUUGUGGUCAAUCCUAAAUCGUUUGGGCAAACGGUUGAGAAUAUGUUCUACGUGAGCUUCUUGAUCCGGGAUGGGAGAAUCGAGAUUGAGUAUGACGAAUACGACCUCCCUGCCCUAGCACCUGUCGUUCGCGAAGACCACGAGACUGAAUCAGCGCGCCAGGGCUCAGCAAAGUAUCAAGCAGUGUUGUCCAUUGACAUGCAAGCCUGGGAAGACAUAGUCGAGACUCUCCAAAUCAAAGAGCCGAUGAUUGAGCAUAGGCCAGAAGUCGUGAAUAGUGGCCCAGGGGCAAGAGGCUGGUAUAGCUAG